CCUAACAAACUGGCCCUGAACUCUUCAAGUUUCACCUGCGGCACUGCUGCUGCAAUGGAGAAGUCUGCAACUUUGGAUUUGGAUAUGUCCGAAAGAGGCACCGCUGUGGAGAAUGACUUUCGCGUGGUGGUUUCACAAGAGCUCCAGAAUUUGCAGUCCGUCAUCGAGGAGGCAAAUGUUCGGAUUGUGAAGCUUCAGUCAGAGAUUGCGGCAUCAUCAAGUGGCUCAGCAGACCUGGCGACAUCACGGAUCUGUGGGCGCAGCUACGGUUUGACAAAGCGGUUGUCUCAACAUCAAAAUCCGGAUGUGCCACCUGAAGAAGCUGCACAACGGUCAUCCAAACGAGAACCGGAAGGUCGUGGCUCCCGCCAGGCUGUUGCUCCACCAGCAGUUGCAGCAAGAGGUCCUCCCAACUCUCCACGGCUUCCUGUUCCUAGAGCACAAACGAAAGAUCCUGAUUUAGCUGGGAAAGAAGACGUCCAGUCCCAGUUUGCCCGGAUCGACACAUCCCAAAACGGAUGCCUCUCAGCACAAGAGCUCGCAGCCAUAGCAAUCACCAAUGGUCAGCAAGUGACCGUUAAGAGUGUGGUGAACGCAGUGAAUUACAUCAAUACUGGCUUGCCGGACGUCCCGAAUGAAAAAGGCCCCAGCAAGUUGAAAAGCGGAGAAUGUGAUCGAAAAGGUUUCAUCCGACUUCGCUCUGAUGCCAUAUUCAUCGAGGAGGCGCCUGCGGAAAUUGCCAGUACGCUUCUAGCACUGAAGAAAGCUUUGGAAGACGAAUCUGACAAUCAUGUUUUCGAAACCAGCAAGGCGAAGUUCAAUCAGCGUCAGCGAACUGCUUUGCUGAAGGAGGCCAUGGACGUUGGCAUUGUCAUUGUCAUUUCUUUGAACGCUCUUGUGAUCGGUAUAAGUGCGGAUAAUCCUGGCAAUGCCGGGCUUUGGGAAGUUCUGGAGCUGGUGUUCUUUACCAUCUAUUUGGCAGAGUGCAUCGUGAAGAAUAUAUGGUGGGGGGUGAGCACUUACUUUUGUGGUGCUGACUGGACGUGGAACUUGUUUGAUUUUUUCUGCUUGCUCUUGUCGGCGGUUGAGCUGCUCCUGAAACUGGCGGCUGGCACUACGGGGGGCAGCCAGCUGAAUCUAUUGAAGGUGCUGAGACUUGCCAGACUUUUUCGCUUAGUACGCAUCAUGCGCUUUAAGAUGUUCAAGGAACUCAAACUUAUGGCGAUGGGCCUUCUUUCUGGCAUUCGGGCAUUGAUAUGGGCGGUUGUUCUGCUGUUGGUCAUCAUCUAUACGGUAAGUAUUAUCACGAAGUCUCUCCUGGAAGACGAGGAAGAGUUCAGCACUGUCGGCGCUGGAAUGUUUACUUUGUUCCGGUGCUUCACCGAAGCAUGCGAGACGUAUAGUGGUGACCCUAUUCCCGAGAGGAUCUAUGCAAAGCUCGGCGGGGAGCAGCAGCUGCUAUUUCAUGCAGCCUACGUCCUUGUGACCAUGAUGAUCACCGUAGGUCUUUUCAACCUUAUCAUGGCGGUGUUCAUAGACAAUGUCACGAAGUCGCAGAACCAGCGCAAGCAGAAAGAGCUUGGUGAAACGGCCAUUGAGACUGAAGUGAAUCUCAAGAUGUUGUUGGCUAGGUGCAUCAACGAACCUUCUGAAGGCAAAUCCUCGUACAUGAUGGAGCGCUUUUCAGAGGAGGUCAGCAAUAAGCUGAACAAUCUAACCGAUGUCGCCAAAAAGCGCCACCAGCUUGAACAGCGGGUCUGCGCGGAUGAAGCGUUCCGACUGCUCAAGGAAUGCAACAUCAACAUCACCAGGGAGAUCUUUCAAGCGUGGCUUCAGGAUCCGGAAUUUGUUCGAGUUUUGGAGGAUGCAGAUGUGGACAUUUCGAACAAGUUUGAACUUUUCAACAUCUUGGAUGUGGACUUGGGCGGUGAGUUGUCGCCACAUGAGCUCCUCACUGGUCUUCUGAGCUUACGCGGUGAUGUGUCUAAAGGUGAUGUCAUUUACAUCCUCCUACGUGUUCGAGAUAUGACUCAUCGAAUGGAACAGUUGCAGUAUGACAUCCGCAACCUUAAAAGUGGAUUGGAUCCAUCGACAGCUCGCUCUUCCUAGCAGCAUCUAGCAGCUUGACUUAGAAGGUGGACACUGCAUGAUCCUUGGCCUCAGGCUCAGCUGCUGCCUCAGCACAAGGGGCGUCAUGGAGAGAGAGAGAGAGAGGGAGAGAAGAGAGAAGCGAGAAGAGAUAAGAGAGAAGAGAGAAAAAGAGAGAGGGCAGAGAUAGAGAUGAGCUGAUUCAGGUAACAGGGCAGUUUGGCCCUUUAACAAGUGUGCAGCCGACUUUACAUGAUUGAUCCUGAGAAUUCUGUUUUAUACUGACGGAUCAAAAGCGGCAAUCGUAUUGGCGUGCGAAGCUUGCCUACGCCCACAGAUCGUGA